AUGCGGUUUGCAUUAGUUGAUGGAGAAGAACGAAAAACGAGAACAGAGAAGGAGCUGUUGAUUAUGGGGUGUCGAAAAGGGAGGGGUGACGAUGAUGAUGCUGGAGUGGGGUGGGGAUGGGGAAAGGAAAGAAGGAAGGCAUGUGAUAAAUUAAAUUCCGCCAAUAUGUCUCGUGCAGGUAUACCGAUCAACCAGUUGCUUGGUUGGUCUUAA